AUGAGGUCGCCGGCUUCCCCCACGGCGGGGGCGACGGCGGCGGAGGGAGGCGCGCCGCUGCCAAGCUCCCCCGCAGCGGCAACAGGUGACAGCCCCACGGAGGACACGGCCGUGCUGCCGCAAAAGGAGGGCCAGCAGCCGGGGGAAGAGGGUGCGGCGCGGGGUGAGGCACAGGGCCCAACCACCCCGAUGCAUUCCGCCAUGAAGGGAAGGAGUGGACGGGAGCGCAGCACCGACCUGAAGCCGCGCUUCAACCCCGACGUUUCCGUGAUUGAAACACCCAGCUACGUUCUUGUGAUGAACGGCGAGGAGGGCGAGGAGGAGGCUGAGGAGCUUGCCGUAUUCAACCGCCUUUACGAGGAGGCAAAGGCGCGGCUUGAACGCGCCAAGGCGGCGACCGGCAGCGAAGCCGAGGCCGCCGAAUCCGACGCGAAGGAGUGCACCUUUUCCCCCGAUGUGUCAAGCUACGCCAAGCAGUUGGGGAAGUACGCGAACUUUAGGGAGUUCCUGCUGAGCCAAGAGGAGCACAGGAAGAUGAGUGCCAUGCAAUUUGGGAAAAAGAAGGAAAAGGUGUUGAGCGAGGAGCGCUUGAGCCUCUUUGAGGACAUGCCGCGGAAGCACAGUCUCCGCAUCAUUGCAUACUUGGAAAAGGAACGCCAGUACAAGGGCCCCAUAAAAGGAUGGCGUGAGCGCUUUCGGGCGUACAUGAAGAGGCUGCAGGAGCAGGACCGGGAGCUGACGCCGUGUAAGUCUAAAACCCACGCGGAUGCGUCCUCCGUGCACAGUGCACCCCUUCGUGACGACGCCGUUUUUGAGCGACUCUACGAGGAGGCUGCUGUGCGGGCGAGGUCGCAGCGCGUUGUGACGAUGACGCAGCUGGAGAAAGAGUCCCGGGAACUGUACUGCCCCGUCACAAAUGAGUCCGAAUAUUGGGCGAGUGGGAGCCAAAGCAGCGGGGCUUCCCACAGGAGGGGGAGGAGAAGCAGCAGCAGCAGCUGGGGCAGCAGCACUCAACGCCGCUCGAGCCGCAGUGGCCACACUGCUUCCGCCCACCGGGAUCCCAGCGGCAGCGUCUUCGACGAACUCCAUGCCAUGAGCGAGGAGUACCGUCGUCGCCGGGAGCUGCGUGCGCUGGAGGCUAUGAGCAAUCGGGAGGAGUUUACAUUUCGACCGGCGACAAACCCGCAAAGCAGCAAGAUCAUCAUGGAGCGUGCCAUCGCUCGCGCGAGGGGUGAGCUGCCGGAGCGCGCUACGAGGAAGCAGGGGUCUGGGGAGACGGAGGCAGACUCGCAGGAGCGGCGGCGCAGCAGCGUUCGGUUCAACCCCGACAUUUUCUGCUCACGACUGCAGCGCAAAGAAGCUGAGCGGCUGUGGCGACUGGCCGCGCUCCAGCGCAGUUUGCGGCUGGCAGAGGCCUCGGAGUGCACCUUUCGUCCGAGCAUUUCCCGCACCAGCCAGGCGAUGGCGCUGCAGAGGGGCUACGGCCAGAUCACAUUUGCCCCCGGGUCGCCGGAUGCAUCCCCGCCUCAACCACGCCGCCACCCACUGGGGAGCGGGGAGGACGACGACGAGGACGAUGACGGGGUUCCCCGCCGUGGCGAUGGCAGCGGCACUCCUCAGCGCGACCUCCUCCGCCACCGCCCGCGGCCCCAGCAGGAGGCCCCUCCUCGCCGUAGCGGCGGCAACGGGGAGAGGGCGCGGCGUGACGCCACUGGGGCGAAGCGGGAUGACAGCAGCGGCGAGGCGACGGUCGGACGCGUGUUUGAUGUCGCGGAGUCGGAAGGCGGUUACAUCGCCGCCCUCUCGUCGGAGAUUCAGGGCGUCCUCUCCCAGUGGUCGGAGGCGGCAGCGCGGGCGAGGGCCACGACCUGA